CUUGUGGGAUUUUCGAUCUGUGACUGUACUUAAUCGAAAGUUUUAACUCAGUAUGACUACUUAUUUCAACUAUCCACCGCCUGAGGUCCAGGCCGAGCUUAGGCAGAUCGCCGAAGCCAUUGUGGCUCCCGGGAAGGGUAUUUUGGCAGCCGAUGAGUCCACUGGUACUUGCGGAAAGAGAUUCUCCAGCAUCGGAGUAGAGAACAACGAAGAAAACCGUCGCCUGUAUCGUCAGUUGCUCUUCACAGCCGAUGACGCUGUUGCCGAGAACAUCAGUGGCGUCAUCCUGUUCCAUGAGACAUUGUACCAGAAGACUGACGACGGAACUCCAUUUGUGGAAGUGUUGAAGAAGAAGGGCAUUAUCCCCGGCAUCAAGGUCGACAAGGGUGUUGUACCUUUGUUCGGCUCCGAGGACGAGUGCACGACGCAAGGUUUGGAUGACUUGCAACAGCGUUGCGCUCAGUACAAGAAGGAUGGGUGUCAGUUUGCCAAGUGGCGCUGCGUGUUGAAGAUCACAAAAAAUACCCCAUCUUAUCAAGCCAUCUUGGAGAAUGCGAAUGUACUCGCCAGGUACGCAUCCAUCUGUCAGUCGGAGCGCAUCGUCCCGAUCGUGGAACCUGAGGUGCUCCCCGACGGUGAUCAUGACGUUGACAGAGCCCAGAAGGUUACCGAAACCGUGCUCGCUGCGGUGUACAAGGCUCUGAACGACCACCACGUGUUCCUGGAGGGAACCCUAUUGAAGCCGAACAUGGUCACUUCUGGUCAGAAUUGCCCCAAUAAAUCCACUUUCUUGGAUAAUGCUCGGGCGACAGUUCUGGCACUCUCUCGCGCUGUUCCCGCGGCAGUUACUGGUGUGACAUUCCUGUCUGGUGGACAGAGUGAAGAGGAGGCUACUGUGAACCUGAACGCGAUCAACACCAUUCCGCUGCGUAAACCCUGGGCUUUGACCUUCUCGUUUGGUCGAGCUCUUCAAGCCUCAGUGCUUAAAGCUUGGGGCGGCAAAACGGAAAACGUUCCCGCUGCUCAAAAAGAACUCAUCAAGCGUGCGAAGGCCAAUGGAGACGCCGCUCAGGGUAAGUACUCCGCUGGCAGCUGUGCUGGAGCUGCAGCUGGAGAAGGCCUCUUCAUCAAGAAUCAUGCGUACUAAACAAUGAAAAAUGGAUCCUCUUGAAAGAAGAAUCAAAUCAUUUCUACCACUAGCUUUUUCCUUGCAUCACGCGCAUUAUUUCUCGCCCUCCAAAAGUGCGUCCGGCACAAGUUGAUGGAACAUCGUGCAAUAAACUUGACAUUGGUCGAGGGUAUUCGCUAGAAUUAAAUCUAAUGAACAAGAAAGGAUGCUCGGCGACUUGAAUUUUGAAGAAUUUGCUUAGCUUCUACAUGGGUGCCUUGGUUGGGGAAGUGAAAAGUCUAGUUCUAUCUAUAUACUUGUCCACUGGUCUGUUGAUAUUCAUAAAAUGGAGGUGCUGAAGUGUCAUGAAAAACUAUCCCACUUGGGUCUGCAAGAAAUGAAAUGACGGUCUUACUUCUGGUAGACUCCAA